AUGACGUCUGGCAGUCUCAAGAGCUUGCGAGGAGGAAUCGGGGGAUCGGCACCUGAGCAGGGGGACGAUGAUGAGAUUCUACCAGACGUUUCAGAAGGUUUCAAUGUUGACUUGGUGGAUGAAAUCAAUGCGCUGUCAGCACGAAACAUUAUGAAAAAUGUCUCUCAGAGUGUCUUGGACCAAAAGCUGAGUCAUCCAGGCAGAAAGACCCUGAAAGAAUACCUGCAGAGCGUGAGAUUGCAUGACGAUGGGCAGGAUGUCGUCAAUGGCAGUGAUGGGAGCAGGAGGUGGCAAGAGGCGAGCAAUGAGGAGGAUGAACAUCUUGAAGCAAGAUCUCCAUCGAUUAGUCCACCCUCAACAGAUGAGAGCGAAGUCGAGAAACAGCCCAGAAGUCCAGAUGUUGAGCCACCUUUGUCGAUACCCGACAUGUCGUCAACCAGCUUGGUGAAGGGAUCGGACACUUUCCAACUUCCUGAAUACUUGCUUCCGCAAGAUGAACGAGAUAAGCUUGAGCAAGAGCGGAAUGUCAGUCGCAAGAUUGAGGGGCUGAAGGACGAAGAAGGAUUCUUCCGUCCUCAAACACCAGAGCCUCUCCAUGCUGGCAAUGAUCCCAACUCCAAAUCGAUAGUGGAAGGAGAAGGGUUGAUGUUUCCAGAUUUGAUGCCUUUGUCACAGCAACUCCAGUAUUACAAGAAGCGGCUAAGCGAAGUCGAUGCACAAUGGGAAGAGUUCGACAAAGAACACGGAUACGAUCGAAAGCGUGGCAAUGCUAUCAAGCCUGAAAUGUGCAUUCAGAUCGUGCACAGAGAGGACGAGUUGGCGAAGUACAUGAAUCAGAUUGAACGAGGUAUGAAAGAGUCGUCGGAUGACGCCGAGAUCCAGAGAAACGAGAAGUUCAAAGAAUUGGAGAAAGAAGACGAAGAUGCAAAGCUAGUCGUACCGAGGCGAACAAGGCAGAUAGUAAACCACUGCCAUCGUUACUACAACCGAUUAUUCGGCAACAGCGGCUUCCGUGUGUCAGACGAGCCGUCGGACGAUUGGGCUUUCUGUGUGAACUCGUCAGAAACAAGUUCUGAGGAGUGGGGGAAAUUGUCAGAUAGUGUAGAUGAAGAGACGAAAGAGAAUCAAUGCUACACGGCUGCCUUCGUCGUGCAGCUGAUGAUAGCAGGCUCUAUUUCCUACUCACCUUGUCGGCCGACACCAAUCUGGACUCUAUUGAUGUUGCUCUUCAGCUCCGAGCUCUCAGAGAUUAUGGUAAGUGAGAACGAUGUUGUGAUCCCACGCACGAUAGAGGAGGAGAUGAGUGACAACAACCAUGUUAAAGUUCUCAAGCUGAGAAACUCUUCGGUCACCUGGAACUCUCUUCCGCUUGCUGUUCAGACCUGUGUUCGAAACUACGUCGAGAACAUGGAGAGCUUCGGCAUGGAGCAACUGAAGGAGCCUGAAAGGAUCAAGGACAACUUGGGUUUUCACGCGAAGCUCUGCUCGAAACAGCUCAAGAUUGAGGGAGGAGAUCACUUGUGGGGCGAUCAGACCCUUUCACCUGCAGCUAUCAGGAUGGACGGAGAUCAGUGCUGCCACAUCAUAUGCGAACCCGGCACGCGACUCCUCGGGCAGUGGAUGUUGGGAAACUACACAAGUGGAACCAUGAAGCAUGCGACUUGUUUGGCUGGGGCGCAGACAGUGGCAGUAGAUGGCUAUGGCUUCUGUGUUUGUGUGAGUGGCGGAUUUUGGCUUUUCGAGAAUUCAUGUUUCAAGAUCGAACGAAAUGAUUCCUUGCGUCCAAACACAGAAGAUCUCUACGACGUUUUGUACGCACAACUUCACGGACGGCAGGUACCGGUAGCCUCCAGGGCUGAGAGAAGCGUUGGGGUCUUGCUGCGAGGAAACGCAUUGGUCUACUUCUUCCGCUGUGAGAUUUUCAUGGGCCUGCGCGUGGAGCAUGAGGCAAGAUUGACGACGAUCGAAUGUCACAUCCUUGAAUCGACGGCAGAGGAUGAUGGAGUAGCGUUCUUCAACGAGUCACAAGGGCACCUUGAAAGAUGCUUGUUCUCGCAUCACAAGCGAGCAGUGAUAGGGAUCAGCAACGAGGCGAAGGUGCUGGUCAAAAUGUGCGAGUUCUACCAAAAUCAAGAAGCUUGCAUCUUCCACUCAAAUUACCCGAAACCCAACGGAAGCAUCUCUUCAAUCCAUGAGUUUUGGAGGUCAGAGCUUAGGGUUUACACCAAUAUCAUCCGGGAUGGCAAGGCGCUGUGGCUGGGGAAUGAACUCAAGAUUGACCUGGUAGACGAGAAAGAAAACUUCUUGAACGACAGGAAGUCAAGAGCAUUCAUCCGUAAAGGCUGCGGUCUCUUCACGGAGGAAGAGGUCGCCAAUGAGAACUGCAGCUUGAAGCGGGAGGCGAUGAACGGGCUCCAAGGGUUUCCUCUCUUCGCUCCCACGGUAGUCAACUACCUCUCGACCAACUUCGAGAGGACAGUCGAAGAGUUCCACAAGAGCGCCGAGCGAUCCUCGAGCGAGUGGGGCGACAGCGAGGAGAAUGUGGACGCAGUUCCCUCGGUUUUCAACAAGGCCAACGUCACUGCCGAUGAGGGCAAUGACGAGUCUGCUUCUUUGGACGAGAACGCAGGAAGUCGAGAUGUCAUCACACGGCUGCUAGAGAAAGGGAAGCGCAUGAACGGAACAGGCUUCGAUAUCGCAAGGCAGCUGGGAAUCUACGACGAAGAAAACGACCCGGAGAACAACCAGGAAAGGGAAAUGAAACAGCCGGAGAUGACCGAAGACGUGAAGAUGAUCAUCAACAAAGCUUACGACAAGAUCGAAGAGAUCGCAGGCCGAGAAUCAGCGGAAGAAUUCUGA